AUGGCGCUCUCAUUGUUAUUUCGGCAGGCCAGGCUCCGAGCUUUGAAGAUUCCACUUGCUUUGGCCUCCGCAAGGAGAUUCGAAAGCACUCUUGUCGAGACUGAAGAAGAUGGCAAGAUCUUUUUUGUUUCGAUAGCUCGUCCCGAGAAGCGAAAUGCGGUGAACGCAGAGACUGCUAAACAACUUUCAGAAGCGUUUCGCGCUUUUGAGAAUCACGAUGAAUGUUCAGUGGCCGUCUUCUUUGGUAAAGGUGGCUCAUUUUGCGCUGGUUAUGACCUUCAAGAAUUGUCAGAGAGGGAUCCGGAAAAAUUCUUAAAAUCAGUGCCACCGGUCGGAGAAGGUGAUGCACCCAUGGUAAGUAAAGUUUCGCGAAAAGUUCAAGCUUUUUCAGAGAAUCGAAAACAAGCUUGCAGAGCAUUCACGUUUGACUUCCACAAAAGUUAUGGGAUUAAAGUUUUUGUACCUUUUUUACUGCUUUUUCUUUCGCCCAUAAUUCUGUUUAUCGUUGCAAUUGCAUAUGUUUGCCCUUUGAUGGGCCAUCGUGCUUUUUUGCACGUCAAGUCCCAUGUACAGUUGUGUUUUGAUAACCCAACGCACGUGCACGACACGCGCGCGUGUCGUGAAUCGCUUUUUUCCUGAGCAGGAUGUGACUUUUAUUGGCUUAUUUCCGGUGAAAAGAGAAGCAUGCUGUACAGGUAUUUUGAUCGACGACUCAUCAUGUUCAUGAAAACGUGCAUGUGGCAUUGGUUGGUGAACAAAUGUUUACUGCAUUCUCAGCAGGAAAUUGAUUAAUUUUUAUUGUUAUGAAAUGCAGGAAAAUCCAAACUGGUGGUCAGUUACCUGCAAAAUAAAUCUAAAGAUUCCUGUUUGGAAAGUAAACAGAACAUGGUGUGUUGGGUAAUUCCAGUGGAAAAUUUUCCAGAUCAGUGGAAUUACCCAACUUCAAGAAAUUUUGCUAAGUUUGCAGAGCUGUAGGAAACGUGACGUUCAAAUGGGCGAUUGCAGAAAAUAUCCUCACCAUACCAUGGAUGGCUUCUAUAUUUUAGCGUUAAUUUAAAAAUUGCAAAAUUGCCACUGUUCAAAAGGAUCGACUUUACAAUUUUUAAAUUAACAUAAAGUAACUACGCUGUCCAGGGAUUUUAAUCUUUAUUCCAUAUUUAACACCCCCCCCCCUUGCCCUCAGAAUUUCCAAAAUGUGUUAUCUUGCCAUGCCCUCCGAAUUCCAUAAUCAUUAACGCCCCCUCCUAUUCGGAUUUUCCAUUUUUUCGUCAAACCCUUGACGAAAAAAAUUCACUGAGAAUUUGUGGAGUCUUAAUGACUGCCAGAAAUUCUAGAAUGAAACUUUAAUAAAAAUAAAAGUGUUCAACCUUGUUCCCAGGGUUCUCUCCUACCUGCCCUAUGGAGCGAGAGAGAGAGAGACCCUGGAAAACGCUGGUCACGUGGCUCCAGAACAAAAUUAUUUCUGAGGGAGGAGUCCUUUGUCUCACAUUUUUUUGUCUGGUUUAUUGGCGACGUUCAUGUAAUAUAUCAAACAUGAGAUGCAGUGUUUCAUCACCAGAUGAAACACCGAGAAGAGAGUUGAAAAUACGACGCGCAGCGGAGUAUUUUUGACGAACUUCGAGGUGUUUCAUCUGGUGAUGAAACACUGUGUCGAAUGUUUGAUACUUCUUCUCAAACAAAAUCAUUUUUGAAGGAGAAAUUAAGGAUGCAAAUACUAAGCAGUGUUUCAUCCGAUUUCCAAACACUCAUUAAACAUUAAUUUCCUUUGUAUUUUCUUAAUGAAUUAUUAAUGAGUUUGAGAAGCAGUGAUCACAACCAGAUAGAUUUGACUACAACUAUAACUGAAACUAAAGGAAAUUUCUGCCUAAACAAAACUAUCAGAUAAACAAGUGAAUUACCAGAGAAGGAAUAAAAAACUAGCAUUGUCGCUGGUUUAACUGAUGACACCAAUCGCUAAAAAUCUACGAUCUUUUCGGAGUUAUACACAAGCGAGUUCAUUUUUUGAAGGUAAAAUCCCUGUAUGUUGAACUUGUAUAUUAAAAGUUUCAAUGUUUGUCUGACAGCGGCUGGUAAUCGGGCCAAAUAAACCUACACCAUUUGCGGUCUUAGGGGUUCGUCGUGACAAAACCCCAGGACAAAACAUGACAGUUACUUGAGAGCAAGAAAUUCAGUUAAUACAUUUACGAUCAAAGUAAUAUUUUAGAUCUAGUGACUUCACGUAAAGUUAUAGCCUAAAAUGUCAGCAUUUUCCACCCCCUAACCUCUGUCAUGAUGCGGCAAAAGAAAAGUUGUAAAUAAAUCAAAGAUAAAAAUAAUUUCAUAUACCAACACGACAUGUAAGCUGAUGUAAGACAACAGGAAAUAGUAUAAACAGAGACAAAACAGACAACAUAACCUUCCAAGCGAAAGGCUUUCUUGUUUAUGGCCAAUAUGAAAACUUUAUUUAAAAACACAUGUGGCUCAGUGAUUUCUAAAAAUCCUCUAAAGCAUACCUAAACAUCCAGAAAAUUAAUAAGGAACAAUAAACGGUUGGCAGUUGUGCAAGCCAUAUCAUAUGGUAUUUUUUAACAAAGAAGCUUACGGCUAUCCUGAGAAUUAUAAAAGACGACAAAAAAUGCAAAAACACAGAGCCUUGGCAAAAAAUAUUUUCUUUCAAGAUUCUCUUUACCUCUUUCCAUUUGAACAAUAGCUAACAAUCAGCCUGACUGUCCGAGCGGCAUAGUCUCUCUUCCUGUUGCUUCGAGGCAGUUCGAGGUCGCGGGUGAGGACAGCAACGCUUGAUACAUUUUUUCAGCGCCUUGCAUAAUAAUAGUCUUGAAAACAGAUACAGAUACUGUACAUUUGUUUUCUAAAGUGGCCUCCACAACAUAUAAACGGCAAUUCAAAUCUAGUGUGUUUCAGUAUGAAUAUUACUGCCAGGAUACCUAAAUUAUUUUUGACUGCACAAACGGUGAAUCCUCCGCCAUUUCCGCCGCAUGUGCCAAAUGAAAGCAUCACUGAUAAAUGUCCUAUUUAUAUACAUCCAGAUAUUCUGCAGGAAGUUACGCUUUUGCUGUCAAAGGACUUUGUGCAUUAUUUUCCGCCUUCAAGUUCGGGUCAGGUACACAGUUUGAUGGCUGCACUGACCUGUCUCUCUGACCUCUGUAGAGACAAAUCUCACACUUACCUGCCCCUCCCCCAAAUCGUUUGUUUGUAAUCUCCCAGAUUCUGGGAGACAUGUGACCAGCGUUUUCCAGGGUCUCUCUCUCUCUCUCGCUCCAUAGGGCGGGUAGGAGAGAACCCUGGGAACGAGGUUGAAAAGUGUUCUCCUUAUCACUGUUCAACAGAUGUAACCUACAUUAACAUUAUUUUUUCCAUUCAUGUCAGAGUUUUUCCCCAGAAACUCCAUCCUUGCUUCCUUUUUACUCCUUAAGCAAACCCACUUGCCCCUCCUUCAUCCAUGGACCCUCCAUGUUUAAUAAUCUCUCCCUCUCUCCAUGUUUUAAGGGCCCUUCCCGACUGAAACUGAGCAAGCCAGUUAUUGGGGCAAUAGAGGGGCAUGCAGUCGCUGGUGGAAUGGAGCUGGCUUUGAUUUGUGAUCUCAGAGUGGCUGCAGAAAAUACUGUCAUGGGAAUAUUUAACAGGAGAUUUGGUAAUACUUUUUAUAUAAAAUGUUGCUAAAAAAGCAAAGUUUCUUAUUGUGAGAAAAUAAAUCACUGUUAUGAUCAUUACCAUUAUCACCUCGCAUGGCAGUAAAUUUAUACCUCAUUGCUACUUAUUUUUGCUUUAAUAGGGCCAUUUAUACCAGGAAAAAUAAGACGCGUCUUAAAUAAGACGCGAACUUUCCGUAUAAACGGCACAUUUGGUCUAAAAUAAGACGUGGCUUAGCUAAGACGCGUCUUAUUAGAUAAAACAUGCUCGUAUAAAUGGUACAGUUCGCAUCUUAUUUAAGAGGCGUCUUAUGUAAGACACAUCUUAUUUUUCCUCGUAUAAAUGGCCCUAAUGUUGCAAAAAUGCAGGAGACAAAAUUCUAUAAGUCUUAAUUCAUAAUUUGACUGGAAAAUUGUGCCAUAAGGAACUGUGCAACAAGGUAGUGUUUUCAUAAAUGGGGCUACGAAACGGUAACAAAAAAUUAAACAGGUUUUAAACUAAAUGUUUUGGGAAAAAAUUUGCCUUUUUUGCUACAAAGAACAACAGAAAUUAAGUUCCAGGAUAAAUGGAUUUUAGGAAAGGAGAAUACAUGUAGAAAGGGUAUCAAAUUUUACCUCAUUAAUUUUUUUGAAGUACUAUUCCCACAUAUAUUUUAUUAUUUUAGUGUUCCCUAUUAUCAAUCACCAAAACGAUUAUCUACUAGGUAAUAACAUAUGGGGACAACUAAAUUUUCCAAAAGGACCCUUAGUUCUACAAACAAUAAAAUUAGUUCUAUACAACUUCAGGUGUCCCACUCCUGGAUGGAGGAACUGCCAGGUUACCAUACAUUGUUGGCCUGUCACGUGCUUUGGACCUCAUCAUGACUGGGCGGCCUGUGAGUGCUCAAGAAGCCUACAGUAUGGGUCUGGUCAACCGAGUAGUCCCUAACGGAAAAGCUCUAGAUGAGGCCAUUAAACUUGCGAAACUCAUCGCACGUUUCCCACAAGAGUCGCUGAUUACUGAGCGCAAGUCUGUUUAUUACUCUGUGUUCAAUGCAGAGUCGUUUUACGAUGCACUGUCAUACGAGCACUCUAAGGGUGUUAAAGUCCAGACAAUUAAAGAUUCUAUUAAAGGCGCUAAAGAGUUUUUAGAAGGGAAAGGCCGAAAGGGGUCUUUUGAUGAUUAUCUCGAUUAG